UGCUGUGCUUUUGAUAUUUAAUUCAGAAUCGUGCGCACCGCUAACAAGUCCGUCGCACAUGAAACACCCGCCAUAUUCCUACCAGUUGCGCUUUCGCUUUGGAGAUAAAACAACAACUCCUGCUCCUAAAUUCAUCUUUGAGAUAGAGAGUGAGUGGUCAAAAUGCAGGCAUAUCCUCAAGGCCAACAACCGGUGAUCAACCAAUCAGCUGUGACGCUACAGCCAGCACCACAGACAGUAAUUCAGGUGACUCAAGUGACUGGCAAUCCCAUGAUGCCUCGCGGGCCAUCACGUGACUGGUCUACGGAUAUGUGCGGAUGCUGUGACGAUAUGACCAUUUGUCUGUGUACGACAUUUGUGCCCUGUCAUUCAUGCAUGCUGGCCGCUGAUAUGGAUGAGUCCUGCUGCGUGCCUAUGUGCAUCCCGUCCGCUCUCAUCGCUAUGCGUGCAGUUGUACGUUCACGCCACAACAUCACUGGCAACCUGAUGAACGAUUGUGCUUGCAUGACCUUCUGUGGCCCUUGCACCACCUGCCAGCUGGGACGCGAACUGAAGAUGAUCAAGAAUGGACGCGCUAUGCCAUAAACGCAUGUCGUGACGUCACAGUCGCUGGACGACGCUACUAAGGAGACGCGAGGAAAAGGGGCGGGUGUAGCAUGUUGUAGAAUUCGAAAUUGAUUUAAUGUAAUUCACUUCACGUUCUUUCACUUUGUUAAUGGUUGUGCCUUUACUUUCAAAAAGUUUCGUAAGUAUUCACGUGUUGGUUCUUUUGACAUGGAUGUCAACUGACUCCUUUGUAGAUAUUUCAUCAUUUUUAAAUCGCGGGUUUUAAUGCCCCUUUCUAUCAUAAUUGUACUAUUCUUAUAUCUAUUGAAAGUUCAGAAUACUCUGACUGUUACUCCUAAAAGCCUCUCCUUUUUUUGAGGGGGAGAGGGGUUUCAUCUUAUCUUAAAGGGUAAAGACAUGGCACAGCCGUAUGUCCAUGAAAUUCCGGGGGCAACACUACUGGAAGUUUAUUCUAUACCGCACCGUAAUGUGUUUCAGAGUGUGUCUUUGUGGUGGGUUUUUGUGUAUAAAGGAGAUAGUUGUGUUAUUUCUCUGUGGAGUUGACAACUUGAUGUCUGAUUCUAUUCAGCUUUUUAUAAACUCAUCCACUGAUCGUGGUUAAUGCACUGAACAUUGCACUAUUCGCAGUGCACCAUCAGAUUUUGUCUAUAAAAACAUGAAAACGGUGAUUAUCCUUUGAAAAUUUGCAGACCGUACCAAUUCUUUAACAAUUUGGUUUAAAUUUGGCGGUCUUUUAUUACUUAUCCAACCAUGGAUUAUGCCAAUAUUCAAUAUCAAACUUUUCGCCAGAGAAGGAGGUACAAAGUUCAGUCGUCAGUAUGGUUUAUGCUUUAUUGAUAUGGUUUGGGGAAAAUAUUAAAAGAAAAGUAUGCGCACUUCUUUUUUAAAUUGUUUUAUUGUUAUUAUUAUUAUCAUCAUUUUUGGGGGAUCGGGUUCACUUAAGUUACUAUACACACACACUCCCCCCCCCCCCCACACACACCCACCCUCACACACUUACGCGUAUGGAAUACCAAUGUGGGACACCGUGUCUUUUGCCUACCCUUGUUGGACACUGACCUAUUUUCAGUCCUGUCCGACAAGGGUCGGUUAAAAAGUCAGGUCACGCAGAUUGUCCUUACGUGUGUGUUUGUGUGUGUGAAUGUUAUUUCAAAGAGCGCCAACUAGCGGCAGUGCAUACUUUAUGUUUGCAAAAAAUAAAACUUGAUUAAAGAAAUCUUUGCUAACAUAGGCGCUGGAAGGGGGGGGGGGGCAGAGUACGACCUCCCCAACUGAAAAGUGCCCCCUUAAAAAGAUACAAUAAAAAUAUUUUAUAAAAAAAAGUGCGGAGAAAGAAAAAGAUGAAGGGUUUUCAAAAGAUCAUUAAACAUUUUUUUGUCGCACUCCGUGAGCAAAAGAUUAUGUCAAAUAUCAGAGUAGCAAUUUGACAGUUGUAGCCAUAUACAAGGAAGGAGGAGGGAAGAAGCACUGCCCCCAAUGAAGAAUGUGGGGGGGGGAAUGCAUCCCCCCCCCCCCCCGCAAUAAGGAUGAAGACAGAGGACUGGAAGAGGAGGAGGAGAAAAAGAAAACGAAGAAGUAGAAGAAAAAAAAGAGAAGAAAAAAGAAGCAGAAGAAUCAUUAUCUACCUUUCUACUAUUCACACUCUCCUUCAUUUUGUACACUAUGUAUGCAGCUUUUAUCAUCAAAUACAAUUGUAUUAUAUUUUCAAGCCUUUUAAACAAUUUAAAAAAAUCAAUGUAUGCAUUUUUUCCAUAUUCUGUUUUAUGUAUUACGUGCAAUGAUUCAUUGUGUAUUUUUAUGUGAAAAUGGGCUGUAAUACAAUUUUCAUCCUUUGCAUAAAAUUCAAUUGAUUUGUUUUCAAUUGAACUGAAGUACUUUGUGCAUUCUCUCCCACCACCUUGAUUAAACCCAUUAUCAAUGUCAUCAUUGUUAUCCAAAUUGAAACAUCAUCAUCAUCAUCAUCACCAACACCACCACCACCAUCAUCAUCAUCAUUAACAGUCACUGUAAUUUCACAAAAUGCGACCAGGGAGUACUGUGAUGUACAAAUUAUAUUUCUUUUCUUUAAUCCUCUGCAAACUUUCAGCAGUUCACUAUAAUUAACAAUAACAGAAUGCGUUCUAUUUUGUUAUAUUAAACUGAACAGCAUGCACCG